CAGUCAGUCAGUGAAGAUUACACCUCGGUGUCCUUCAGGUACGUCAGCUGCCAGCGCCUGAUAUUUUUUUUUCCACUUCUGGAUUCUGGUUUGGAGGAUCUCCACUGCAGCCAUGUCAACAUGUGUACAAGUAGAGCCGGUCAUGGAGAGGAGGUACGGAGGAGUUGGCCGCUGCAAGUGCUCAUUCUGGUUCGCAGUGGCCCACGACAUACUCGGUGUCUUCAUCAUGAUGGUGGGGGUGUUUGGAGGGCUGGUUAUCCAUGAUCUGUUCAUCUACGCUGGGGCCAUCAUCAUCUUCCUCAGCCUGAUCUGGUGGGUGUUCUGGUACUCCGGGAACAUUGACGUGCCACCGGAGGAGCUGGCGGACGACGUGGGCCUGAAGAGCCGAGGGCUCAGCCGGGUGGUGAAGCGUGUGUCCAACCAUCUCUCUAAGGGGAUCAGUAACUCUUUCAGGAAGAACAACAGGUCCGUCAGAGAGGGCAACAGCAGACCUUCAAACACUGGUACAGAUGUGUCGCUCUCCACUAUAUAUGACCGCACCAUCAGCUCCUCAUCCAAAGAACUCGUGAGAGAGACACUGUCCAUAUGAACUAAUCCAUAUUGGCUUUCACAGACUGUAAAUGACACAGAGAGUCACUGAACUUGGAUCUUUAUAUUUGUUUUAUUUGCUCGUCUGUUUAUUCGGCUGAGAGGAAUUCUGUGUUUGUUCUGCUAACAUGCAACAGUAAUGAUUAGACAACACUGAAGUCUCGUCUAGAUAAGAUCCACAUCCUUCAUGAUAAGAACUGAUAGGCUGAUAACAAGUAAACUUUGCACACCAUAACACAGGGCUGCAAGUGACGCUUAUUUAGAAACCACAGCUUUCUGAUUCCUCACUGUUUUUGUUAUUAGUCGUGUCUGGUUGAUUGAGUGGGACAGUUUUUACUUAUUUAAAACACUCCUACAGUUUAGUUACUGUUGUUAGAUAACGUUUAUAUGCUUUGUGUUCAGGACCACUUAAUAUUUCACUGGCCACCAGAAAAGCUGUAAAAACAUCAGCAAGUGUUCAAUAAUUGUUCUCAAAAUUAACCAUUUAAAUGUCUAAAUAGAAUAAAAAAGUAACUCAGCCAAAAGCUACCAGAUAAUGUGUUCACAUUUAGGGUUAGUUAAAUUUUCCAUUUUUCUUGUUUCUUAACACUAGAAUAAGGUCCUUUUCCACCUUUGCUUUAGCUACAGUUAUUCUGUAUAUUUGUGUGUGUUCAUGUUGUGUGGAGUGAACCUACCCCUCAGAUGUUUCAGCAGCACAAACGGGGCCUCAGAGGUGAGAAAGUGAACUGAGAAGACCUCAGGCAGGAAAGCAAGACAGACGAUUGUAUGGGUGGCAAAUGUGUUCUAAGGAGACACAGAGAAAAUAUUAGGAAAGAAAAAGGAAAAGUAAACUUAAGAGUGACACACAGAACACCUUGCUCGUUCAUUAUUCUAGCUGGGUGAACAACUGAAGUGUAUAUCCAGCAGACCAGAGGCUCUAAAAUGUAAUCUAAACUACAUUUGAGUUAGCGGCUGAUUUAACACUAAAGAGAGUUAGAAAGCACUUGAUAAAGAAUUUAAGAAAAAUGUCUUUACAAAAAAAUCUUUCACUUAACAUAUGUACAAAAGUGUAACAUGAAAAGAUUAAAAAUCUCUCAAUUUUUGGUAUUCAAAUACAAGUACAGUUUCACUAUGCAACUCCCUUCUACAUUUCUCAUUA